AAACAAUGUACAAUACACAAGCGAGCCGACAAGCGACGAAUUUGAGGCGGAGGGCCAAUUCAUAAUGCGAGUUCCCGAGGAUCGUGCCGAGACCAUUCACGAGGCCAUCAGGGAUGGAAAUGUACACAAGAAAUUGAGCAUUGCACUGAAGGAGGACCUGCGUCAGGGUCAGGUUUGGCUGGAUGGCUCUAUGCUCUACACGAAGCUCGUCGACCUGCCCUCAAUCGUGGAAAGCUACAAGACGACGGACAAGAAGAACUUCUACAAGACUGCAGAUAUUUCCCAGAUGCUCAUAUGCACCGAGAAGCCAGAGGAAAUCGAAUGCAAGUCAUCAGAAUCGGAAGAAGAGGCCGCCAAUAAGCAGCCCCAAACUUACAUGUAUCCACAUGGCAUCACUCGUCCACUCAAGAACGUGAGCAGGCGUCGUUUCCGCAAGAAAAUGCUAAAUAAUCCGGAAAUGCCAGCCACCGAUAUCGCCAAGGAGCUGAAGUGGCUUCUCAUCACGGACAGCCAGGCAAUGGAUGUCAAAUACGAGAUCAUCAACGAGUCGGACAGCUCAGACCACUCUUCCGUCUGAUAUCAACUACAACUACAACGAUUAUUGUACAAAUAAAAUAAGAUUUGUAUCUUCUCCCAAAGGAGUGGUCCACCUAGA